AUGACAGUAUUUGGACUUGAGAAAAUACUGUCCAUGUGUCAUACUGCAUGGCAACCUUUCUAUCUCAGAAAUACCAAGCUUGUUGUCGACGCUUUAGAUUUAACUGGUUAUUUAUGUAAUGAAUUUCAAUUUUCGAUAUACGGAGGAGAGAAUCUUUCAUUCGCCUGGAAGAUACGUUCAUUAUUUUUGAAUUUAAAGAGUCACGAGGUGGAACCCUACUUCAUCUUCAGGGGUCGCCACGACAAGACUGACAACCAGGUGUUAAUUAGAAUUAAGAGAGCCUCAAAGACUUUGAUGGAUAUUCUUAAUGCUGUGGAGUUGUGUAAUCUUGAUAGAAUUCCUCAGAUUAUGAGCAUCGCAUCCACAAGUGUUUUUCUGGAUGUUUUAAUGGAAUUUGAAUGGAGCUAUGUGAAGACGAAAUACUCGUCUUUCCCAGUUUGUACCAAUAUCGCUGCCUUGUUACACUGUCCAGUUAUUGCUUCGACUUCCGACUAUCUAAUAACUAUUUCAAUGAAGCAAAAUGCUGUAAAUGACUCAGUUUCUGAGUCACAUGUAGCACCAGCAUAUGUUCCACUUAACCUUACUUGCAUUUAUCCUAGUAUAUUGAAUCCUUCAAGUCGAAACUCCGAUUGUGACUUGGAAAACAAAUAUGGAAGUGCAGUACUAACCCAUAAAUUUAUUCAUCAGCAGUCGGAUUUGGCAAAGAUAUCUAACUUCCACUUACCGUUGUUUGCUACCUUACUUGGGGUGGAUACUUUUCCUCGUCUUCGAAUUCCUUUACACCUACAAGAGAGAAUUAAAGUCAGUGACCAACCGUAUCAAGUGAAUAAACGAUGGUCUGUUCUCAUAGACUGGUUUUCAAAAUUCCAUCCAGAUUCAAUGAAGCCGCUAGAUGAAAUUGUCAACUGUUACCCGAUUGGUCGACAUGCUUCUAUAUUGAAAGAUUUAAUGGUUGGUGUUUCUCGUUUUAUUUGCCCUUUACAUGAAAGUAAUGAAGUGAUGAGUUUUUUGCUUCAGAAAAGCUCAAGUUUUCCUUCAAAACCUCCACUUGUAACUACCACUUUCUCACUAAAAUCGAGUAAAAACUUUAAAUUUCAAGAUGUAGUGGAUUUGCUAAAAGGUACUAAAACACCUGAUUUAUCACACGAAGACUUCACAAGUGGUUGGCCUCAUCACCUUCUUGAUGCUUUCAGAAGCUGUAGGAUAAAUCCACCUUCAUGUGUUUAUUUGUCUUCAGGUGUAUUUCUACCCACUACUAUUGAAGAUCCCAAGUGUCCAUUUUCUGUCUAUGACUCCAGCUUCCUAAUUCGAAGACUACAUUAUCAAGUAUAUGUGACGUUGGAGCACAACUUAGGCAUGCAAAAUAAACUGCAUGGAUUAAAUCCUGAUGUUGUUGAAUAUGCCAGACGAGAGGAUAAACUAGUGAUCUAUCGUAUCCCUAUAAUACCGCUUUCUUUAGAUUUCAACAAAGUCACCACAGAUGAAGUCAUUACUUCUAUGCUUGGUUUCGAAACACUGCCAAACAACAACCUAAUCCCUGAACCCCUUCAUAGCCUUGCAAUUGUUUUAGCACUGUGGUUCCAGCAGUUAAAAUACACUUCCCUUGAAACUCCGCAUGACUUCAACGAAUCAACUGUUGGACUUGCAGUUGCUGCUUGUGCUGUUGCAAACAUAUACAAUGAAGAUAUAUCCGGAGAGGAAUUGUGCAAAUAUUAUGAAAGCUUAAGUAAAAUAUCUUCAGAGCCGAUUACUUCAGGUGCUUCUGCUUCCUUAUACAGGCCUUACAUUGUACACAGUUUUAAUGCUAUUCAGUCAACCUAUUUUUGUCUCAGGGAUCUUGUUAUGUCUCUCAAUUGUCUCGUGCCGAGUGUUAAGCAGUCGAACUACUUUUCAUUCGUUCCAUUUUGGAAACUGUUCCCUUCUGGACAUUUGGUACACUUUCUAUGUAGUCAGUUGGUCAAUAUAGAUCCUUCAAAAAGACGAUACUCGAUUACUCGAUUAUGGAUUCCUAGACUUUUGUACUGUAAGAAACUGGAUUUUGACGCAGCAGUAA